GGAAGUCUCGCGGUCGCACGCAUGUGACGUCACGCGGAACGCAGUGACUGUUUGUUGAUGUUUUUCGACUUGCACAGAACGGCGUUAUUUGUAACGAUAGCAUUUAUUUAUGAUUUCAACCAUGUUUGCCAGGCAGUGAAAGUGCUGUCUAUGCCACUGCGCUGUAAAGACGUCAAAGAGCGGAGCGCGAGCGGCUGUUCAUCUUCAGGAUUCCAGGUAAUAUUUUCAGGACUGGUCUUGUAUGGUGUGUGAGUCCGUGUGGGGUCAGCUGUGAUGGCUAUCCUGUUUGCGGUGGUGGCUCGAGGGUCCACUGUUCUGGCUAAACACGCCUGCUUCUCCGGAAACUUUCUGGAGGUGACGGAACAGAUCCUGGCCAGAAUCCCGUCGGAGAACAACAAGCUGACGUAUUCCCACGGCAGCUAUCUCUUCCACUACGUCUGCCACGAGAGGAUCGUCUACCUGUGCAUCACCGAUGACGAGUUUGAGCGCUCGCGUGCCUUCGGUUUCCUCAGCGAGGUGAAGAAGCGCUUCCAGACCACCUACGGCUCGCGAGCUCAGACCGCGCUGCCCUAUGCCAUGAACAGUGAGUUCUCCAGCACGCUGGCUGCGCAGAUGAAACACCACUCGGAUCCCAAAGGCUCGGACAGACUGACAGAAACACAGAUGCACGUGGACGACUUGAAAGGCAUUAUGGUCCGGAACAUCGAUCUCGUCGCUCAGAGAGGAGAGAGACUCGAGCUGCUCAUCGAUAAAACGGAGAACCUGAUGGAUUCUUCCGUCACCUUUAAAACUACGAGCCGUAACCUGGCCCACGCCAUGUGUAUGAAGAACCUGAAGUUAACCGUCAUUGUUGUAAUAGUGGUGCUGGUGGUGCUGUAUUUUAUCGUGACGGCCGCCUGCGGAGGUCUCAGCUGGCCCAACUGUCGGAAGCAGUAGAAAACCUCUGAUUCUCUCUCGGUAUGCGAGAGCACUGUCCAGCUCACCUCGUCCUCGUUUGAUUAGAGACUCACAAACACAGGACAGCACUGUUACAAAUCAUCGUCGCAUUUCCAUGUUGAUCUUCAUCAUAUAUUCUUUGGGUUCUUUUCACAAUGUACUGCAGUUCGACUAGAUGUAGUUCACCAAGAAAGUUUUUUUGCGAAACACAGGAGACGUUUAUUCAUGCUGCUCAGUUCCAUUCCAUUUAAAAAGUGCCAUAAAAGUAUCAUAAAUGUUGUCCGUAUGGCUCGUGCACACAGGACUUUUCUUGUUUUGGGUGAACUAUUCAAGCCGGCGGUUACUAACACGGUCCGUGUCUUAAAGCAGAAGAACUUCAGGAGAAAUGACGAAAUAGAAAUGGAUGAGUUUUAAGAGUAACGACCUGGCACUUGUGUUUGAUUUAGGUUUGCUUACAGCAGUCAUGAUAUGUAUGUAAUCAAUCACAUUUAUAGUUAUCAUACAGAAGGGAACUCUAUAGUUCCUUGCUCUUACUAAAUGUAUUUUCUACAGAAUGAACUAAUGUCAGUCACUAAGAUGGUGAUUGAUUGAUUAUUGAGUAACGUAUAGUCAUGUGUCUGCAUUACAGUAGUCGUGUGAUGUUCACACAGCGCAGAGCUAAUUGAAUUCAAAACCUGCAUAUUUUUGGGUGAAUCUCGCAAAACCUGUCAAUGUUUCAGCCCAAAACAAAGAGCAAGUUAUAUUGUGCAUAAAGAAAAUGAAGCUGAUUUUAAGAUCAAUUUUGGGCCUGUUAUUUUGCAUUGACAUAUUCAGCACAUUUUCCUAAAAUUAUUACAUGG